AUGGACAGUUCAGAUGAAGAGAUAUCCGCCAUUGCAUACGUUUUUGAGGAAGAAGAAAAACAGGAGAAGAAAAUAAUUCUCGUUAUGCGAUGCGGGCGAUGCGAACAAGUGUACCUUGCUCCAUUUAAAAUUAUAUCAGGCUUUACUGACUUGUGCGAGAAGUACAAUAAGUCAGGAAAAGGUGGUCCUUCUCGCCUCACCCAGGUGCUUAAUAAUUACAUCGGCGCUAUGGUUCAGGAGAUUCUGUCGCACGGAGGCGACGUCCUGAAGUUCUCAGGAGACGCGUUCAUCGCUCUGUGGAAGGUGUCGGAUCAGUUGAGUAUGCGGGAUGCUGUUCACGAAGCCAUUGACUGUUCUUUGGUUAUACAAAAAUCUUACGGAAGUUAUCGAACUGACGUGGAUGUCGUGGUUAGAGUUAAAUUGGCCGUAGCUUCUGGUCACUUGGUAUUUUCCUUGGUGGGCGACGAAGAGAAUUCUCAUUACUUGAUGACUGGUGAUCCAAUAUAUGCCAUAAAAGCUGCUGAACACAAAAGUUCCGCAGGAGAAAUAGUGAUAACUGCUAGAGUUUCACGGCACAUUAGUGCCAAUGAAUAUCUAUUGAGUGUGCUUCCAGAUGGUUUACACGCCAAGGUACUAGGAGUAGGUCCCAAUUGGAGAAAUAUACAACGGAAGACAAACAAAGAUACUUAUAGCCAUUUCGAAAGAGACUUGGAAGGACGAACUUCAAUACUGUCCGACGCUAGCCUUUUGACUUAUGUUGUUCCUGAUGGUGAACCUACUGAAGAAGAUGAAAUUACUCCGAUUGUGACCGACCAAUAUGCGUUAAGGCCAGCGGUAAACCAUGCUGCUCGGAUGAAGCUUAAAGAUGAACUUAGGAAGUUCAUAAUAGCCCCCGUUGUAAGAGGAAUAGAUGCUUCUGAACCGUUGGAGUACCUGACGGAGAUCAGACAGGUAGCCAUUUUGUUCUUGAAUUGCAAAGUUUCCUCCAUGGUGGGACCAGUGGAGGGGAUAGAUGUUGCGGAUCACGUCUACAUCACCGUGUGCAAUGCUGUGAAGGACCGUUAUGGGUGUGUCAACAAAAUCAGCAAUUUUGACAAGGAUUUAAUGUUGUUGAUAGUUUUCGGCCUACGUGGAUUCAAACACGAACUGGAAAGUCAGAUAGCUUUAAAAUGCGCAACAGAGUGCUAUGAAAAAAUUAAGGCCAUAAAAGAAAUCGACGAAGUUGCAGCGGGCGUUACAACAGGCGGAUGUUAUUGUGGAGCCUUCGGCCAUACAUUGAGAAGGGAAUAUACCGUGAUUGGUCUGGUAGUGAAUAAGGCUGCCAGGCUCAUGGUAGCUUACCCAAACAAGGUUACCUGCGACCGAGAAACGUUUCUUUACAGCAAAUUGGAGGCGCGCAAUUUCAUUCUGCAAGAGUUCAAGCCGUUGAAAGGAAUUGUUCAUCCAGGACCCAUAUAUGAAUUUAAGGAGGUGGAAAGGGCUAAUGAACUAGGAUUUUCCUUCAGCCCUUUUCCUUUACUCGGAAGGGAACAAGAACUGGAUCUGUACAACACGCUCUUACAGAAGGCAAUGGAAUUCUCACAGAAAAAGGGAAAAGUUCCAGAUUUUUUUAAAAUGCUAAUCAUUCGCGGCGAUUUCAGACAGGGAAAAACAAGACUAUUGGAGGAGGUACUGUUCGCUUCCAAUCCCGCUAUUCCCAUCCACACCUUUACUUUGACGCCUUAUGAUCGAGAGAUUUCCUUCAGAACUAUCCAGCUCAUAUUCGACCAAUUCAUCGGCAUGCCAGGACGUUCUUCCAGGACGAGUAGGGAACGAAAGAUAAAUGUCCGCCUUCAAGAACACGAUGUCGAAGAGUGUUAUUUUGUUUUCAACCAAGUUUUCGAUGUGCGAUUUCCAGUAACUAUGAGGAUGCGUUCUACGGAAGAUAAGCUGCAAUUGCUGUAUAAGCUAUUCACACUGUUAAGCCUUGCGUGCUUUACCAAAUUUUGGAUCAUAGCGGUAGAUGAUGCUGACUAUAUAGACGACGAAUCUUGGAUGCUUCUUCAAGUUCUGUUAGACUUACGUUUGUUGUUCAUACUGGUCACUAUGGGUACACAGAAAGAAUUAACAUCCUACGCUCUCCAAGUAAUGAAGAACGAAAGCAUAAAGAUUAUCACACUGAAACCGAUAGACAAGUGGUUUCAUGUCGGGUUAGUUUGUCAGAUGCUUGGUAUAGAGGGAAUUCCACCGGAGUUAGAAAAAAUGGUUCAAGUCAAAAGUAAUGGUAAUCCGGGUUGGAUCGAGAGUUUUCUAGUGACUUUAGUGCAGUCUGGUGGAAUUGAUGUUAAAGAAAUGAAAAGAAUUGACGCUUAUAAUUCAGGAAUGGUCAUGCCCCCCCUAUACAUGCUAAUGAGAUUAUCACAAGCAGAAAUAGAUUUGUGGAUGGAGGUCAUGGAAGAGAAGACACUUUCCAAAAAGGAUGAUGUGACUUUAAACAGAUGGAAGAUAUUUGUGGACAGCUGUAGGGAAAGCUAUCCAGAUCUGACAGUGUCAAAGGCAUUCGAGGAUUACAAAAAAGAAAAGGUCACCCAGAUAUGCGUUUUAAAUCCACAGUUAAACCCAGAGGACGUGGUGCCCGAGCAGCACAUGAAUGUCGUCAUCUUGAAAACCUUCGACUCGCUUACGUCUUACGAGCAGCUCCUUCUCAAGUGCAGUUCCAUACUUGGGGAUAUCUUUACGAGAGAUAUGCUGCUGUACAUCAUGUCAUCGACUGCCUCCAGACUAACAUCUCUAGCCGUGCAAAAGCUAUUUGAAAUCCAAGUGCUAUGCUGCGCAAGGGGAAAUUUCCUAGAAGGUGGCCUCAGUUUUAAAGAUAGAUUGAUAGAUCCCAAUGAAGAUUUAUCUGUGAAGUGUGACUGUAUUGGAUUGAUUAUCGAUGAUACCUGUAUAGACCUGCCCAAAUUCGCCUCAUGUGGUUACAUGCGAUUCCGAUCUUCGGAAUUUCGGGAGACUACAUACAAUCUCUUGACAGACAAUCAGAAGAGAGAAUUCCACGCGAAAGCUAUACGGUACAUGGAAAAGGAAACGAGAAGAUGCCGGGCUUGUGGUAGUGGAUACUUUGCCAGAUACUUAGGCAGCGGAAAAUUCGAUGAUGGAUUAAGACCUAGGACUAAAAGGAAAUCCUCUAUUGUCAGCCAGGAUUCAAAUGACGCUCAUACAGAGAAGACAUCAGGAGUGGGAGCAGUUUCCACCUCGAACACAAUCGUGUCGUCACAUAAAAGUACCCUUUUAAAAUCAGAUAACAUAAGAAUUUCGAGUCUUUCCGCCUUAAGUUCCAUAAGAGCGUCUGGUGUUGACGUGUUCUCGUCAAACGGUUUCGGAAUCGCCACCAUAAGGAGACUGAAGGACAGCUAUAACUUAGUGAGGACGUUUUCUACUUACGAUUAUUCUCAGUGUACAUGCCUUCUUAUACUAAGCACUAUGUAUUCUCAAAUGAUAGAACAUUGUAAGGGAGCAGGCCUUGUUGAGAAAAUCAUGGAAGCAACCAUUGAAUAUUCAUACGUCUGCAUGGAAACAAAAAACGCACCUCAAGCUAUUAAAGUUGUGGAAGAGGCUUUGGAACUUUUGGAGGGACCAAUGAAAGAUCAAAUCGAACUAGAAUGGAUGGUCGCUCUGAAAAGAGGAAAGCUAUUUACUCUUAUAGGUCGAGCCAGAAUGGCUUUAGAAGAUGGUGAAGCUUAUAAUUAUCUUAUGGAUGCUUUGAACUGUUACGGAAUAAAGUUCCCUACAUCAAAUAUAGGAAAGAGUGUUCUGAAAAAUCACCUCAAACUGAAACAAGCCCUGAAACUCUAUGUAUUCCCACCUGCGUUCAGCCGAAGUUUUGACGAAGACGUAGCUGAAUAUUGCAAUAAUGUUUCAGAAUGCCUGCAUUUGCUUUGCAUUUACUUUUCUAUCAGGAAACGAUGGAAAGAAGCUGAACUCGCCGCAGUUUGGAGCCUGAACAAGGCCAUGGAAACAGAAACCGAUUUUGAAGUAUUGUGUUUGGCUUAUGAGUCCAUGUUACGUAUGGCUUCGGUCAAAGGACAACACCGUCUCUGCGUUGCUUUGGAAGUUUUCGCAUUGAGUUUGUGUCAUAGAAAGAACACUAUAGUCGAAAUUCAAGAGCUUAAAGCAGUUUCUAAAUUAUAUUACCAAAUCUUUCGUUCUAGGUUUUUAAGAGGAGAAAUUGAUAAAGCUAUGUCUAUGGCUUAUCCAAUAUGGAGAAUCUCCAAUGCCGCCUGUUAUUCCGAAUUACUUUUCAUUAGCUUUCCUUUACUAGCUCACGGAACUAUAAUAAGGAAUCAAGUAGUGGAAUUUGGCAAUAUACUCACAGAGCUCUCAUAUCUAAUCGAUCAGGAUGUCGAUAAAUCAGAAAGGAUUUGGUAUCAUGCCCUUUGCCUAGUACUGAAUCUGGAAACAGGAGUAAUAGCACAGCCAAUAGAGAAAUGCAACCAGUUUAUCUUAAGUGAAGCUUUAACUGCGCAUGUCAGAGAUGCUGUAGGCAAGUCAAGGUUGAUAAUUUGCAAGUGGCUCUGGGAUGUGCGUAACGACAAUUGGGAAUCUGCCACGGUGCUGCAAAAUAUGGCUUGGAAGUAUGCGAUUGCGGACAACGGCGAGAAACUUAGUCAUUUGAUCAGCGGUUUGUAUCUUCUCGAAGGCUUGAUCAUCUACAUGGUAAACAAGAUGGACAUGAAGAACUUGAGGGCGUCCACCAGGGCUGAUCAGUUCAUUUGUACAUUAUUCCGCAAAUUGAAGAAAACGUUGAAGAAUUGUCCACUGCUGCAGCCCAGAGUAUAUCACAUGAAAGCUUAUUAUACGAUGGCAAAGUACAACAACUUCAAAGGAGCAUUUAAAUAUUUGAGAAAAGCUCAUAGUCUAGCCGAGAAACAGCAUAAUGAUCUGGAAGUGUCCUGGAUCCAGCACAGUGAACAGGCGUGGAUAAACAAGCUUUCCCAAGAAGCAAAGUUUGCCUGGCGGGAGCAUUGCGAUGCAGGCGUAUGCAUUCAAUUUAACGAUGCUGAUUUGGUGGAUAAAGUGUUACCGUAUUCAUUACCUCUACCUAUAUACAUAUAAUUUUAUUUUAUUGUACAAAGUGUUUAAGUAUAUUUAUUUGUAAUAUACCCAUAAAAAGAUGUCAUAUAUGUAACUUAGAAAUAUUUGAUGUUUAAUAUAAACUGUUAUUCG